AUGGAGUGAAAACAAUACUGGCGCUGUGUGGAAUUUGAAAAUCAAAUGACUUGACGUUCGAAAUCGAAUAACCUCAAUUCGAAAUUCAAAAAUGACGUGUCCGUUCCGACGCGCCUCGUCGCAACAUCAGUUCGCAAAUGGCGCCGGCUCGACGAGCAAGAGGCCAGAGUUUCGUUCCCGCACUUCGUCAGUGCACCUGCCUGGCCCCGAGGAAGAAGACAACGAACGCAACACAUUGACGCUUAAGCAUCUAAGUGAAGCCCUGCAACUGUUAACUGCGCCUUCGAAUGAGUGCUUGCACGCUGCGGUAACAUCUCUUACGAAGAACCAAGCGGAACACUACGACAAAUACAAUUGUUUACGCAGAUUACCCGAUGAAGUGAAGACCUGUAGAAAUUAUGCGUAUCUCCAAGAAAUUUACGACGCGGUGCGAGCGACAGACAGUGUUAGCACUAAAGAUUUUAUGGCGAAAUUAGGAGAAUAUUUAAUAUUAACAGCGUUCUCGCACAAUUGCCGAUUGGAGAGGGCUUUCAAAUGUUUAGGCACCAAUUUGACUGAAUUCCUGACCACAUUAGACAGUGUACAUGACGUAUUGCACGACCAGGACGAUUCACUCAAAGACGAAACUAUUGAAUACGAAGCUAAUUUCGUAUGCACAACAUCACAAGAGGGGAAGAUACAACUUCAUCUCACAACCGAAAGCGAGCCGGUCGCUUACCUACUGGUGGGAAGUCUUAGAGCAAUAGCCCGAAGGCUGUACGAUACACAGACAGAUAUAAGACUGAUGAGCUACACCAACGACCCAAGAAGAUUUAGAUACGAAAUAAACGCUGCCCCGCUAAACCUUAAAACCAAAGAGGAAAACUGCGAUACAACGAAUGAACCUGCUCCAAUUGCCACGUCAACCAAAGUGACAGAUCUGAAGAUAGGCGUCGCCAGUUUCUGCAAGGCCUUCCCUUGGCAUUUUGUUACAGAUAAGCGUUUGGAACUCGUCCAGCUCGGUGGAGGUUUCAUGCGUCUCUUCGGAAUGCACCUCGCCUCUCAUGGUUCGUCUCUCAACACGUUCUUCAGGCUGCUUCGUCCUCGUGGAGUCCCCUUAGACUUCCGCGAGAUACUGAAAAGGGUCAAUACUCCCUUCAUGUUUUGCUUGAAGAUACCAGGGUCCACUUCUUUGGCUGAGGGCUUAGAGAUAAAGGGCCAAAUGGUGUUUUGUUCCGAAUCGGAUUCCCUUCUCUUCGUGGGUUCUCCGUUCCUUGAUGGACUUGAAGGCUUAACUGGGAGAGGCCUCUUCAUAUCAGACAUUCCACUCCACGAUGCAACAAGGGACGUCAUUCUAGUGGGAGAGCAGGCUCGGGCACAGGACGGACUUCGAAGGCGUAUGGACAAACUUAAGAACUCAAUCGAAGAAGCAAGUAAAGCGGUAGACAAAGAACGCGAGAAGAAUGUCAGUCUUCUGCAUUUAAUAUUCCCACCUCACAUCGCUAAAAGGCUGUGGCUAGGUGAGAAGAUAGAGGCGAAAAGCCACGAUGACGUCACAAUGCUGUUCAGUGACAUCGUCGGCUUCACAUCCAUCUGUGCUACUGCAACACCGAUGAUGGUUAUUGCAAUGCUGGAGGAUUUGUACAGCGUAUUUGAUAUAUUCUGUGAGGAGCUUGACGUUUACAAGGUGGAAACAAUAGGUGAUGCAUAUUGCGUUGCAAGUGGCUUACACCGCAAAAUCGAGACGCACGCACCCCAGAUCGCAUGGAUGGCGUUACGCAUGGUCGAAACAUGCGCACAGCAUUUGACGCAUGAAGGAAAUCCCAUCAAGAUGCGCUUAGGACUGCAUACUGGUACAGUACUAGCCGGGGUCGUCGGUAAAACUAUGCAGAAAUACUGCCUUUUCGGUCAUAACGUGACCCUUGCAAAUAAAUUUGAAUCCGGCUCAGAACCACUGAAGAUCAACGUCAGUCCCACCACUUAUGAGUGGCUAAUACAAUUCCCGGGCUUCGAAAUGGAAUCGCGAGACCGUUCCUGUCUCCCGAAUUCAUUCCCCAAGGACAUCCCGGGAACAUGUUAUUUCCUUCACAAGUACGUACACCCGGGAACGGACCCUGCGGCGUCCCAGGUCAAACAUAUACAGGAUGCGUUAAAAUAUUAUGAAAUUGGACAAUUCGGACAAAAUAAUCCAGUUGAAAAUGACCCGGAGCCAACAUAGUCACGACACGAGCGGUUUUGAUAAUUUUAAUAUUAUCUACAAUGUACAUAGCUUUAAUUAGAGCUUUGUUUGUUAUUGUUUUAGAUAUUUUCGUAUUUGUCUUAUUACGAGAAUCAAUUGAAGUUAGUACUACUAUUAAACAUAUUUGUAAUUUUAAUUAGUGUAUCACGGGAUCGUUGUACUUGCUGUUCAAAUAAAGUAAAAACACAUUAUAAUAAGUGUCGAUGUUCAAUGUUUAAGUGUUCGUCUAUAUCACGGCAUAGAAAUACUUUCAGCUUUACAAAGGAAUCUAUUCGUUAAUAAAAUAGAAUAAAACACUUUUUUGGAGUCAUAUUAUGCCCAAUAAUGUAGAGCGUAUCAUGAUUACAAUCCAAACCCUUAGCUAUAAAAUAGUUCUAGUCAUUGUUUGUAAGAAAAUAAGCAGCCUUUGGGUAUAAAUGUUUCUAAGUUUUUUCUUUAGAAAUAGAAUAGAAUCUUUAUGAAGCUUUACUAAUAAAAUGUAAGGGAAUGUAAAUAAAUUGAAUCCGGGAUAAUUACGACUUACUUAGAGUUAAUGCGAAUUGCUUAAAAAUAAAGCAAAAUAAUGUUAAAAUUUCGCUACGAUUAGAUUACUAUUUUAUUAAGCAUAAUAUUGUGUAACGAGUUAAUGGCGAAUUUGUAGAAUCACUGUUUAUAAAGAACUGUAUCGUAAUCUCACGUUAUCGAUUUAAUUUAACUAUUUAGUGAUAAAAUUCAUACAUGUGUAAUUCACAUCUUAGCCGUUGUAAAUAAAUUUCGAUUCUAUAAAAACAAAAGCGUACGUUCUAAAAUAGGUAAUGGGCUUUAGUAUAUUGUUGACUUUACGGAAUGUCUAUCAUGUAAGUCUAAGUUAAAAUAAUUUUAGUAAUCAAUUUCAAGGCCGACCAUGGGGUACAUUCCUAUAUUGGUUUUAAUAAGAUACACUAUAUAAAUCAACUAAAAGGUCUUAGAAUUUAAUCUUGUAAAAUUUUUUUAAGUACAUUUUUUUAAUCCUCAAUAUUCCCUUGAACAUAAAUUUAAAUCCAAUAAAUCUCUGAUUUACACGUUAAAAGAACCUUAAUUUUUCCAAAAUUAAUUUACUCCGAGGUAUUCUUUCCGAAUUUCAGUAAAAAAUGAAUUAAGGUAAGUGAAUAUGAAUGUUAUGUACUUUAGAUGUCUUUAUGCCUUUCCAGCCAAUGUCCGCGACUUCGUUCACGCUGUCUUCUAGAUUUCGCGAAAUUUUUAUUAUGAUGCACUCAUUGCAAGAAAAUUCUCCUCGAAAAUGUAAUCAUGUUCGCGUGAAUACUUUAAGAAUACCUACAGAUAAUUAUUUUGAGAUAUAUUAAUUUUAUAGAUGUGAAUAUCGGAAGAAAUGUAUAAAUGGCUAUUGUCUAAAUAAAAAUAUUAUUAUGCUUGUAGGUAUACUUGGCAAUAAGUAAGUGAUAGAUUAAAAUUUAUAUUUCUAUAUUUUUUUCCAUUCUGUUUGUUACGUGCAAUGAAAUUGUUACAAUUUCAAAACUUGGAUUAAAAAGAAACAAUAAUUUCUCUUUUCGGAAAUCCUUGCUGUGCCUUCUUCUCACGUUAAUCUCAAAAUUAUAAAAAUAGUUAUUUAAAAGUAAAAGUACAUUAGAUAAAUUGUAGACUUUUUAUUUAUAAUGAAAUAAUAAUUUAUUUAAAUUAUUCGAGAGUUAUUUAAAUAUUUCCAAAUCUAGAACAUUUAUACAGAACGUAUAAAAUAAAAAAAACUAUUUUAAAUUUCUAUUAAACAUUUUUCAGUGUUGUGAUUUAGAUUAGUUUAGUGGAAUUAUAGUCAUUAGUACUAAUGAAACACAAUUCAUAAGUAAUUAAUUACGCUUACGUUUAAAUACAUCGCGUAAUUAGUUUAUGAUCUAGUCGAUAAUUAAGAAUAUAUUGAUAAUAUAAUAUAUUAUGUAUAUGAUAAUACUCGAUAUUGGAUAGUGCUUUAGAUUCUCAUUACGUAGCAUUCCAUUAAUUAGGAAAAUAUAUUAUAUUAAAUGUAGUUUUGCUCUGACGUUGCUGAGUUGAGGCUUCAAAUAUAAACGUGAGAUUCGAGACGAUAACCUGGGAUUUAGUUUCUUUUCCACGAUAUUAUUUGUCUGAAAAAAAAUAGGUUUGAAGCGAACGAAAGUCACGUAAAAUACAGGCACACGUGGUGACUUUGCGAUUUUCUUUCUACAUUUUAUGUCGAUCGAAUGAAAAUGAACCUUAGAGAAUGUUUUGAUAAAAUCUUAUUUUAUUUACUUUGAACAAACGAAUAUAGAUAAAGUCGCGUUAUAAAAAUGAUUUACGCCAAUCUUUAAAUCUAACAUCGUGUGUAGUUAAUUUGAUCUAAACCUCUUCCCGUUGUCGACAAAGAAUUACAAAAAAUGUUUUCCGUAAGUAAAAAUUUGAA